AUGGUAAGCAAUCAACACACUGCAGCUUCUCAUCAAAUCCAGCUGUUGACUCUUGUUUCAGGGUAUCUGGUGCUAAACAAGUCUCUGGACAGGGAGUCUCUGGAUUAUUAUACCCUGGUGGUCACAGCCUCAGACGGACACCCAGAUGGGACCUCCACUGCAACAGUGAACAUUGUGGUGACAGAUGUUAAUGACAACGACCCGCUGUUCGAUUCUUCACUGCCACUGAACCUCACUGUCAUCGAGGAAAAAGAUCACGCCUACGUUGGACAGGUCAAGGCUACGGACCCAGAUCUGGGGGCAAGCGGUCAGGUCAAUUAUCGACUCGUCAACCACCAGAAGCUGUUUUCCAUCAACGCCACCGGAGCGAUCACAACCACGAUGCCCCUGGACAGAGAGGUUCAAAGUCACUACUUCCUGAUCGUUGAAGCGCGGGAUGGUGCAGUGAAUCCUCGCAGAUCCAGGUUAACACUGUCCAUCACCGUCCUGGAUGUAGAUGACAACAGCCCCGUAUUCACACAACACACCUACAAUGUCAGCGUGCCAGAGAACAGCCCAAAAGACACAGUCAUAUUACAGUUAAAGGCAAUAGACGCUGACCUCGGCUCCAACCUCACAUAUAAAAUCAGGGCUGAAGGCUCGGACCAGGAGAUCGUUCGGCUGUUCCACAUUGACCCGGUGACAGGGCAGCUGUCUGUUCUCAAAGUUCUUGACUUUGAGGCCCUGACUGAAUCAGAACCCACGUACACUUUCACAGUAGAGGCCAGGGAUGCAGAGGGAACCAUGCCUCCAGGACUAGCCUCUGUUACUGUCAGGAUCAUGGACAUGAAUGACUUUUCUCCGGUAUUCACCCAGUCAAUGUACCGAGGCCUGGUUGCCCCUAAUGCCGUCAAGGGAACCAUCGUAACCACGGUGAUGGCCAAUGACUCUGACCCUGCGGGUACCCCGGCAGGUGUAGUACGCUAUAAAGUGAACCAGGAGGCCUAUCCAUACUCUGCCAGUAUAUUUGAUGUAGAGGAAAAGACGGGACGUGUGGUCACCAGAGUAAACCUCAACGAGGAGCCCAACCUCAAGUUCAGCCUGGUGGUGGUGGCCUUUGAUGAUGGUGAGCCAGCAAAGGAGAACACAACUCUGGUAGAGAUCACAGUCCUGCAGCCCUCUGUCAUUCCUGUGUUCACUCAGGAAGAGUACAGGCGAGCCUGUUUGCUGAUGCAGAGCGGAGUGCACGAGAUCGAACGGGGCGGCUGUGGGGAUCCCGGGGUGCCGGCAUUCGGUCGCCGUAACGGUGAUCGCUUCCAACAUGGAGACGUUUUGACCUUCAUUUGCCAGGCGGCCUUUGAACUUGUGGGAGAGAAGAGCAUAACAUGCCAGCACAACAACCAGUGGUCUGGCAAUAAACCCACUUGUAUCUUCUCAUGUUUCUUCAACUUCACGGCUCCAUCGGGGACUGUGUUGUCCCCAAACUACCCAGAGGAGUAUGGGAACAACUUGAACUGUGUGUGGCUGAUAAUCUCUGAACCUGGCAGCCGCAUUCAUCUCCUCUUCUCCGACUUUGACCUGGAGCCACAGUUUGACUGGUUGGUGAUCAAAGAUGAAGGCCUGUCUGAGCCAACAACGUUCGGGACGUUCUCCGGGAAAGAUGUUCCAUCACAGAUCGCCUCGAAUGGACACAUUAUGAGACUGGAAUUUCAAUCAGAUCAUUCCAAUACUGGAAAAGGCUUCAAUAUCAGCUACACCACAUUUGGUCAGAAUGAAUGUCAUGACCCAGGAGUUCCUGUCAACGGUCAGAGGUAUGGAGACCAGUUUCAGCUCGGCAGCUCCGUGGCUUUUCGCUGUGACCAAGGAUUCAUUAGGACACAGGGGUCUGAUCAGGUCACUUGCAUCAUCCAGGAGGGAAAUGUUGUUUGGUCUGCGGCAGUACCUCGCUGUGAAGCUCCAUGUGGCGGCCAUCUAACAGCUCCUACUGGUGUCCUGCUGUCUCCUGGCUGGCCCUCCUUCUAUAAAGAUUCUUUGAACUGCCAGUGGGUGAUUGAGGCACAGCCAGACCAUGCUGUGAAGAUACACUUUGACAGGUUCCAGACUGAAGUCAACUAUGACACACUGGAAAUCAGGGAUGGCCCCUCGUCCUCCUCUCCUCUCAUCGGCGAAUACCACGGCACCCAAGCACCUAAUUUCCUGAUUUCAACGUCCAACGUCAUGUACCUGUUGUUCAUGACAGACAACAGCCGCUCGGCAGCAGGCUUCAGCAUCAGAUAUGAGAGUGUGAAAAUGGAGUCAGACUCUUGUCUUGAUCCUGGUAUCCCAGUCAAUGGUCGUCGCCAUGGCAGCAUCUUUUCCAUUGGUUCCCGUGUGUCGUUUGCAUGUGAUCUGGGAUACACACUGAGUGAUCAGGAGCCAAUUGUGUGUCAGCUGAAUCAUCAGUGGAGUCACUCUCUUCCCAGUUGUGAUGCUCUUUGUGGAGGUUAUGUCUAUGGUAAAACAGGGACAAUUCUGUCUCCUGGCUUUCCUGACUACUACCCCAAUUCUCUAAACUGCACAUGGACUAUAGAGGUGUCACAUGGGAAAGGAGUCCAUCUGGUGUUCCACACGUUUCAUCUAGAGGAGAACCACGACUACCUUUCUAUCACUGAGGACACCAAUUUCCUUGUUCCAGUGGCUCGACUCACCGGCUCAGUGCUGCCCCCUAGCGUCAAAGCAGGGCUCUACGGGAACUUCAGCGCUCAGCUACGAUUCAUAUCGGAUUUUUCAAUGAGUUAUGAAGGCUUUAAUAUCACUUUCUCAGAGUAUGACUUAGAGCCAUGUGAGGAUCCCGGUGUACCGGCAUACAGCAGGAGGACGGGAUUCAGAUUUCGAGUUGGCGAUUCGCUGGCCUUCAGUUGUUUUAAUGGCUACCGACUUGAGGGAGACACCAAGAUCACAUGUCUAGGAGGGGGCAGGCGAGUGUGGAGCAACAUAUUACCGCGAUGUAUAGCGGAGUGUGGAGCCUCCUCACUGGGACCCGAAGGUGUUCUGCUCUCUCCCAACUUCCCCUCUAACUACGAUAACAACCACGAGUGCAUCUACCGCAUCACGACUGAAAAGGGCAAAGGAAUCAGACUGAAAGCUGAGAGCUUCUUAUUGGAAGAUGGAGACUAUCUUAAGGUGUAUGAUGGGGAGAACACGACAUCCCGUCUACUUGGAAACUUUACACAUGAUGGCAUAAUGGGUCUUGUCAUCAAUAGCACGUCCAAUCGCUUGUGGCUGGAGUUCAACAGCAACGCCUCUGGGACCAAUCAGGGCUUCCGCCUCACAUACACAAGUUUUGACCUAGUACGCUGCGAGGAACCAGGUGUGCCUAGUUAUGGCUAUAAGACUCAAGACGACGGCCAUUAUGCCAACACUUUUGUCCUGUACUCCUGCAACCCUGGAUACAGUCUCUAUGGCACCGGGACACUGACCUGCCUGAGCGGAGACAGACGGGCCUGGGACAAACCACUUCCUUCCUGUAACGCGGAGUGUGGAGGUCACCUGACUGGAGCAGUUUCUGGACGGAUACUUUCUCCAGGAUAUCCUGCUCCAUACGACAACAACCUCCACUGCACCUGGACCAUAGAGGCUGACAUGGGCAAGACUAUCAGCCUCCACUUCAUUGUCUUUGACACGGAGGUCGGCCACGAUAUCCUGAGGGUUUGGGAUGGUCCAUCUGGGCCGUCAGACGGGGGGAUCCUGUUGAAAGAAUGGUCCGGCCCAGCCUUACCUGAAGAUAUCCACUCGACUUUCAACGUACUCACACUGCAGUUUGAUACUGAUUAUUUCAUCAGCAAGCAAGGAUUUUCUAUCCAGUUUUCUACCACUACAGCAACAACGUGCAAUGACCCCGGCAUCCCUGUGAAUGGUUCUCGAUACGGCGACAGCAAGGAGCCUGGAGACAGUACGACCUUCCAGUGUGACCCAGGAUACCAGCUGCAAGGCUCCGACACCAUCACAUGUGUACGGGUGGAUAACAGAUUCUACUGGCAACCUGACCCCCCAAUGUGUAUCGCGACCUGUGGGGGUAACGUCAGCGGCCCCUCAGGAGUAAUUCUGUCUCCUAACUACCCCCAGCCUUACCCCGCAGGGAAAGAGUGUGAUUGGAGAGUCAGGGUCAACCCAGACUUUGUCAUUGCCCUCAUCUUCAAAAGUUUCAACAUGGAGCCAAGUUACGACUUCCUGCACAUCUACGAGGGUGAAGACUCUAAUGGGCCGUUACUAGCAAGUCUCCAAGGCAACCAAGCCCCAGAGCGAAUAGAGAGCAGCAGUAACAUUCUCUUCCUGGCGUUCAGAUCGGACGCCUCACUGGGCAUGUCUGGGUUCGCCAUCGAAUUCAGAGAAAAACCAAGAGAGGCCUGUUUUGACCCUGGUAACAUUAUGAACGGCAGUCGGACCGGAUAUGACUAUAAACUGGGAUCUCAGGUCUCCUACAACUGUCACCAUGGCUACACAACAAUGGGCGGGGAAAGCAUCACCUGUGUCAUGGGGAAUGAUGGGAAGCCUGUAUGGGACAGGGCACUGCCAACAUGUAAAGCUCCAUGCGGAGGACAGUACGAUGGAUCUGAAGGGGUUGUUUUGUCUCCAAACUAUCCCCUAAACUACACUACCAGACAGACGUGCUCCUACUACAUCACUGUCUCCACACAGUUUGUGGUGUUCGGUCAGUUUGCUGUUUUCCAGACAGCGAUGAAUGACUCAGUGGAGCUGUUUGAUGGAGCCGAUGAGAAUUCUCGUUUGCUCAGCUCCCUGGCGGGGUCACAUUCAGGAGAGACAUUGCCAUUGGCAACUUCCAAUCAGAUCAUGCUGCGGUUCAAUGCGAAGAGUGGCCAGUCUGCUAGAGGCUUUCACUUCGUCUACCAAGCCGUGCCUCGCACCAGUGAAAGUCAGUGCAGUUCGGUGCCAGAGCCUCGGUACGGCAGGCGGAUCGGAUCAGAGUUCUCCGCCGGCUCUUUGGUUCGCUUUGAGUGCAGUCCAGGGUAUCUUCUCAAAGGAUCCAGUGCUAUCUGGUGUCAGGCCGUGCCAGGUGCUGCUCAGUGGAAUUCAACAACACCAUCCUGUAUAGUUCCCUGCAGUGGCAAUUUGACUGAACGUCGCGGUACAGUCCUUUCUCCUGCCUAUCCUGAAUCUUACCCAAACAGCCUCAACUGUCUGUGGAGGAUCCAUGUCAGUGAAGGGGCCGGGAUACAGAUCCAAGUGGUUACGUUCGCUACUGAGCACAACUGGGAUUCUCUGGAGAUUUACGAUGGAGGAGACAUGACAGCUCCUAAAUUAGGGUCAUUUUCUGGAACAACUGCUCCCGCUCUCCUCAAUUCAACGUCCAAUCAGCUCCUUCUGCACUUUCAGAGUGACAUCAGUGUGGUGGCAGCUGGUUUUCACCUAGAAUACAAGACUGUUGGACUUACCACCUGCCCAGAGCCAAUGAUACCAGCCAAUGGCAUUAAGUCAGGAGACAGAUAUAUGGUCAAUGAGGUGGUGGCAUUCUCCUGUGAGCCUGGCUACACAUUACAGGGCCACUCUCACAUCUCCUGCAUGCCGGGGACUGUGCGUCGAUGGAACUACCCACCACCUCUUUGCAUAGCUCGGUGCAGCGGGGUGUUGUCUGAGAUGAGUGGUGUCAUCCUCAGUCCGGGUUUCCCUGGUAACUAUCCCGGCAACCUGGACUGCACCUGGCAAAUCACCCUGCCAACUGGAUAUGGAGCACAUAUUCAGUUCCUAAACUUCUCUUCUGAAGACAACCACGACUUCCUUGAGGUCAGAGCUGGACCACAGCACAGCUCUGCUCUGAUUGGACAGUUUACUGGCUCUCAGAUCCCACCCCUUCUGCUGAGCACUACCCACCUGACGGUCAUCCACUUCUACAGUGACCAUUCAGAGAACAGACCAGGGUUUAAACUAACCUAUCAGGGGGGGCCCAAGAGACCCUUCGGAACCUGGCUGGGUGCCCCCAGCUUUGAGCUCCUGUUCUGGGGGAAGGAUAAAAAGGGUAUCCCUUACAGGCCUGACCUCCAGCCACCCCCUCCAUCAGAGGGAGGGGACGGCCCAGAGACGUCUAGUCCUCAGCUGGGAGUCUUCAGCGGCAACACAGCAUUGGAGUCAGCCUACAGUACCAGCCCGAUGGUCCUGAUCCGCUUCCACUCUGACUUUUCCACUGGAGGGUUCUUCAUUCUCAACUACCAUGCCUACCGUCUGAAGAAAUGUCCUGCUCCGCCUGUUGUGGAGAACUCAGAGGUGAUCUACGAAGAUGAAGACUUCCAGAUAGGUGAUAUUGUGAGGUACCGUUGUCUACCUGGAUAUACACUGGUGGGAAAAGCCGAGCUGAUGUGUAAACUCAAUACCCAUUUGCUUUUUGAAGCCCCGCCACCAACAUGUCAAGCCCAGUGCCCAGCCAAUGAGGAGCGGACAUUGUCAUCAGGAGUGAUACUUAGCCCUGGGUUUCCUAGCAACUACCCCAACAGCCAGACGUGCUCCUGGCUGCUUCACAUGGUUCCAGGUUACACCAUCAACAUAUAUGUAGAGAUGUUCCACAGCGAGAAACAAUUUGAUGAACUGGAGAUUUUUGAUGGAUCCUCAGGGCAGAGUCCUCUUCUCGUCGCUCUAAGUGGAAACCACUCAUCUCAGCUCAACUUCACAUCGAAAACAAACCAGCUCUAUCUACGCUGGUCCACUGACCAUGCCACAAACAAGAGAGGGUUCAAGAUACGAUACUCAGCUGCCUACUGUAGCAUCAAUGAUCCUCCAGUGAACGGUGGCGUGGUCAACCGAACCAAACUCCGUCCAGGGAGCAGACUUCAGUUUUAUUGUAACCGUGGUUACCGCAUGAUAGGCUCAAGCAAUGCCACCUGCAGGCUUCACCCCAAUGGGCUUUACCAGUGGGACGUACUAACACCGUUUUGUCAAGCUGUCUCAUGCGGAAUUCCACAGUCACCCGGCAACGGAAGCUUCCAAGCCAACCAGUACACCGUUGGUAGCCAGGUCACCUACCAGUGUAACCAUGGUUUCCACCUUGACCCAGGUGCUCAAAUGACUGCUGAGUGUUUGGAGGAUGGCAGCUGGAGUAAUGCUGCCUCAGCCCCCAGAUGCCUACCGGUCCACUGCCCCAGCACCGAGGGCACCUUGUCAGAUCACAUGACCUCCCGCCUGCUCUCUGGUAGGUCGGCAGAGUUUGGGUCUAUGGUGAUGCUGGAGUGCUCCACAGGGUACUAUUUGGGAGUGGGUCAUCGGACUCUUCGCUGCCUUGCCAAUGGGACCUGGGAGGGGUCAGACGACCUAGCUACAUGCAAGAUCAUCUCUUGUGGAGAGCUUCCCACUCCACCCUUUGGGACCAAACUGGGGACGCUGACUACAUUUGGAGCAACUGCAAUCUUUAUGUGUAACCAUGGUUACACGCUGGUGGGGUCACAUGUCAGGGAGUGCGGUGCUAACGGGCUGUGGAGCGGAGCAGAGACCAGGUGUCUAGCUGGUCACUGUGACUCUCCAGAUCCUAUAGUCAAUGGACACAUUAGUGGAGAAGGCUCUAGUUUCCGUGACACUGUGGUGUACCAGUGCAUGUUGGGAUAUCGUCUUAUUGGCACAUCGGUCAGGAUCUGUCAGCAAGACCAUCGGUGGUCUGGAACAACUCCCGUCUGCGUCCCUAUCACUUGUGGUCACCCCGGCAACCCAGGCAACGGGCGAACCAAUGGCAGCGAGUUCAACCUCAAUGAUGUUGUAAACUUCACCUGCAACAGAGGUUACGUCCUGACUGGAAAUGCACGUGCUCAGUGCAGACUCAACGGCCAGUGGAGCAGCCCCCUACCUGUCUGCAAAGUGGUCAACUGUUCCGACCCCGGCCACGUGGAGAAUGGUGUGCGCCAGUCGGGCCUACGUUACCCAGAAGUCUUCAGCUACGGUGUAUCCGUGGCGAUCCACUGUAAACGAGGCUUCUACCUCCUUGGCUCCGCCAUCCUCACAUGCCAGCACGAAGGACGGUGGGACCGACCAAUCCCUCGCUGCCUAGCUAUUUCCUGUGGCGACCCGGGUGUACCCCCUAAUGCGGUAAUAUCUGGGACUCACAGUUGGACGUACGGUUCAGUGCUGCAGUACUCCUGUCUGCCUGCAGGGGUGCUGGUGGGCAACGCUUCUCGUCACUGUCAGGAAGACACCACGUGGAGCGGAGCGCCGCCAUACUGCACUGGUGUAAGUCCAGGAAUCUGUGGCGACCCGGGGAUGCCUCCCCACGGCGCCCGUCUAGGAGGCGAGGAAUUUAAAACCAAGAGCCUGCUGCGUUUCAGCUGCGAGGCGGGAUAUAAUCUGAUUGGCUCAGCCGAGAGGACCUGCCUACACAACGGGACUUGGAGCGGCACACAGCCUGUCUGCCAAGCUGUAUCCUGUGGUAACCCUGGCACUCCAGCACACGGCAGAAUAGUCGUAAAUGAUGGCGUCACCUUCGGCAGCUCGGUAGCUUAUGCAUGCUGGGACGGCUUCAAAACAUCAGGUCUGACCAACAGACACUGCACAACCAAUGGGACAUGGACAGGACAACCCCCAGACUGCGCAGUGAUCAGUUGCGGAGAUCCUGGCCCAGUAGCGAAUGGCAUCUAUAUAGGAAGUGAUUUUAGUUUCAACCGCACAGUGACGUAUCGCUGUAACCCCGGUCACCUGAUGGAGCCGCCUGCUCGCAGCGUUCUGCGCUGCAGCAAGGAGGGAACCUGGAACCAGACCAAACCCAGCUGCAGAGUAAUCCAGUGUGGACCUCCUGUUCAAGUGCACCACGGGAAAGUGGAAGGAACUGACUACUCAUGGGCCUCGAGUGUUAGUUACAGUUGUUUCCAUGGUUACCAGUUGUCCACUCCUGCUGUGUUAACAUGUGAGGGGAACGGGACGUGGACAGGAGACGUACCGCAGUGCUUGCCUGUCCUAUGUGGAGAUCCUGGCUCUCCUGGAGGUGGAUUCAGAGAGGGGAACAUGUUCUCUUACAGGGCGGAGGUCCGGUUCUACUGCCACACGCCCUACCUGCUGGUGGGCUCUGCGUCCAGAGCCUGUCAGGCUGAAGGGGUUUGGAGCGGCCAACAACCAGUCUGUAUAGACCCAGCCUUCAACAGCUGUCGUGACCCAGGGACUCCGGCCUAUGGGGUCCCAGUCAUGGGCCAGGGCUUUCAGGUUGGCAGUAAGAUUUCCUUCAAGUGCCGCAAGAACUAUCACAUCCUUGGUUCUACCACGAGAACAUGCCUAGAAAACCUAACCUGGAGUGGAACUCAACCUGAGUGCAUCGCUCAUUCAUGCAGACAGCCGGAGACCCCCAGUAAUGUUGAUGUUCGAUCCAUGGAGCUGCCCACUCUGGGAUACACGCUGAUCUACACCUGUCAGGAUGGUUUCUAUCUAGCCGGGGGAUCAGAGCACAGAACCUGCAAAAGUGAUGGGAGAUGGUCGGGUAAACCUCCGCUCUGUAAAGUUGGAGUGAAAGUCAAUCCCAAAGUCAGAGGAGACUCAGAUGUUCAGAAAAACAAGAUUAGAGUUCCAGUGGAUGUGUUUUCUCCAAACUCUGAGUGGAGCGGUUUCUACGAGUAUCUAGGGAAAAGACAGGCCACCACAUUCACAGUUACUGGGUUCAACACUACCAGCAGCAGAGUCAACGUCACAUUACUGGAAACCAGCGGGGUGUCAAUCAGACUGUCAGGUACCUACAAGUCAGAGGAAAACCAGCUGCUGCUGAAGGUGUACCAGGUCAAGGGGCCCACAGAGCAUUACUACAGCAAGUUUAAAAACGACAACUGGGCCAUGGACGGAUAUACCAUGGUCACUAUGACCAACAAAGCCUCUCCAGGUCAGAGUCAGCCAUCACCUAUACCGUACCCCAGAUCCAAUCUCAUUCACAUCCAGCCCCACAACCAGAGACGUAUGGAACAUGAUACCAGCCCAUAUGUGCAGCACAAGAAAGAACCUAUAGGGGUCAUAGACCUACCAUGA